GACGUCUAAAUAAUUUUAUUUAGACUGUUUAUCGUUUCUCGUUUCUGUUAAAUUAAAAUACAUAGAUACUACUAAUAGAUAGAAACAUCCGCAUAAUUCAGUUGUUCUUUGAAACAUUAACAUUCAUCGGCGUUAUUAAAGUACAAUAAUAAUAAUUGUGUGUGUCUUUGCUGUUAACUUUUUUCAAGUAUCGUGUUUGUUUAGGUUUAGGUUAUUGUUGUUUGAACAUGCAAAGAAAUGGUAACGAGAAUAAUGAAAAUAGAAAAAGUCAUCGAGGCAGGAGGGGUCAUGAAGAGAGAAGAAAACGUGAUGGUGACCCAGUUCCUAAUAUAUCAGGGAGUCAAAACGGGAGGAAACGUAAUCGUGGUUCUGAUCCUAGACCUGAACGUGGUCGGGGUCGUGGCCAUGGUCGGGGUCGUGGUCAUGGUCAUUAUCGUGUCCCUGGUAAUCACGAUAACGGUCGUAAUGAUAGUGGAUUUGUCCCAGAGAGGAAACAUGAAAAUGAAUCAAACAGAACGCGUAAACCUCGUCAAAUGGGAUUUAAAGCACUCGAUGCAUUGAUGGAUAAUGACAACAUUGAAGAAAUUAUUUUAGAUCUUAAUGACGGCAAGAAAGGUUUUAAAACAUUACUGGGUAGCACAUUAUCGACAGAUAUGAUUGUUUUGGUUGUAAAACUGUUAGCUAAAAUAUGUGAUUCCGCUUUUAAUACUUCGAAGACUUCAGUACUGCAAUUUGCAAUCGAAAGUGAAUUUUCCAAACAAGUGACACAUUUCGUAAAUAGCUUGGCUGUACAGAAUUCAAGAGAGAAAAUGUCCAAUAAGUACUUUUGGAAGGAUACUGAUGAUUUUUGGAAUAAUUUAAUCAAAAUAUCCGAACAUUAUCAUGAUUUAUUGCCUAGAACUUCUUGCGAUUUUACAGUAAAACUUCUAAAAUCGGUUAAAUUCAGUAUACCACCUAUAGAACAAUGCCAUUCAGUACAUAUUUCUGAUGAAAUCAAGAACAAGGUUGAUAGUAUACUUGAAGUAGUUGAAAAAAAGCAGAAAGAAUUAGAUACACAGAUAGAUAUAAAAAAGGAGAAAAAUUUCAACUUGACGCUUCAGGAACCACCGGACGAUUUUCGAGAAAUAAGUGUUUAUCCAUCGACUGUAGAAAUUACCACUCAAAAAUCUCCAUUUCUAAGACCGAAUAUUGUGAAGGGCCCUUAUCCAGAUAUUAACACUUACUUAGAUAUACAAUAUCGCUUAUAUAGAGAAGAUUUUGUAAUGCCUCUAAGAAAAGGAAUAUGUGGGUACAUCAAGAAUCCACGAGAUAAACUGCAGGAUAUAAAAGUGUACGAAGGCGUCAAGUUUCUCAAUGCAGAAUCUAUAAACCAUCAAAAUUGUCAGAGAAUCCAAUUUGACUUCGCUAAAAAGUACACAAAGUUUGAGUUCGAGAAUUCCAAAAGAUUUAUGCACGGUUCUUUGUUGUGUUUCACAGAUGAUAGGUUUAAAACACUACUUUUUGGAAAAGUUGUUGAACGAAAGGCAGAAAUGCUAGGAAAUGGUCAGCUCAUCGUUGGAUUUAAUGCAGAUAUGGAGUUACCUGCAGGUCUUUAUGACAAAUCUUUUUUGUUAGUAGAGAGCAAAGUUUAUUUUGAACCUUAUUAUCAAGUUCUUACUGUUUUAAAAAAUAUGACAAUCGAACACUUUCCGAUGGAAAAAUAUAUUAUAGACGUACGUACAGACACAAGACCUCCCCAGUACCUUUUGAAAAUAGAUCCUGUAUUCUAUACUAUAGAGGGUACAAUAUUUUUUCCUUUGGAUUGGGGUGAUCGAAAAUUUUAUGGAUUGAAUGAAGCUCAAAAUAAUGCUUUUCAAUCUGCGCUAACCAGGGAAUUCGCAAUUAUACAAGGGCCUCCAGGAACAGGCAAAACUUUUCUGGGUUUAAAAAUUGCUAGAACAAUGUUACAAAAUUACGAUGCAUGGUAUAAAAACUCUCCCAUCUUAGUAAUUUGUUAUACAAAUCAUGCUUUGGAUCAGUUCUUGGAAGGAUUGCUGUCAACAACACAUAAGAUUAUUCGUGUAGGUGGACGGUCAAAAAAUGAAAAACUAGAUCAUUACAAUCUUCGAAAUAGAAAGAGAGAUCGAGAUUAUCGAAAUCGAGCUGUCUCUGAAAGACAUUCCUUAGUAAGGGCCCUUAUGCGAGAUAUCGAAUCAAUAAAUGGAUAUCUGAACACAAUCGCAAAGUAUGAUACAGUCGUCGAUUUUAAUGCAUUUUCAGGUGUGGUACCAGAAUAUGAGACAUCUUGUUUUGCAAAUGCCGAAAAAGAACAUAUUAUUGACUGGCUAUUUGGAGGUCAUAAUAGACAAUUUAGAAGAAGACCAGCAAAUAAUGUUCAACAUAAUCAGAAUAUCAUAAAUGACGUUGAAGAUAUUCCUCUACAAAACGAAGAAAAUGAAAAUAAUGACAGGGAAGCCGAUGAACUUGUAGACGACAUUUUUAAAAACUUAGAAGUAGAACCUUUACAAGAGUACUUCAGUAUAAAAAGUCUGUCCAAACAAAUGAGGAUGAUCAGUAGUGAAAUCCAGAAUUUAAUGGCAGCAGAUGGUCUUGAUGAAUAUGAAAAAGAAAUGCGGCAAGCCGAAUAUGAUAUGAAACUAUAUACACUAGAGAACCUAUUGGAGUAUUUAAAGUUUCGAUUAAGAGAAGCUCGGGUACAGAAUUUAGGUCCACCAGAUUUCAUUAAUUUGCAAAAUCCUCAUUGGAUGUCUGCUGAUGAUAGAUGGAAAUUGUAUUUUCAAUGGAUUUAUAUUUAUGAAAGAUAUUUGCUUAAGCAAAAAGCUUUGCUGACUACUAAAUUCAGGAAAGAGUACGCUGAGUAUGAAGAACUGCGUGACAUAGAAGAGACCAAUAUUAUGAAAGAAGCUUUAGUGGUCGGAAUGACAACAACGAAAGCAGCUAGCAUUAAUACGUCAUUAAAAGCUCUAAAAAGUCCAAUAGUUAUAGUCGAAGAAGCUGCAGAAGUAUUAGAAUCUCAUAUAAUGACCGCUCUUACAUCGCAUUGUCAGCAUUUAAUUUUAAUAGGUGAUCAUCAGCAGUUAAAACCUAGUACAGCUAGUUACCAUAUAGAAACUAGGUAUAAAUUAAAUAUAAGUCUUUUCCAAAGAAUGGUUGAUAAUCAGGUGGAAUGUCAUACAUUGAAUAUACAGCAUAGAAUGAGACCAGAAAUUGCCAAUUUGAUUAGACCUACCAUUUAUCCAGUUCUACAUGAUCACGAAUCGGUACUUGAUCGACCGAGUAUUUUAGGAGUGGAACAUUCACUAUUUUUUAUUGAUCACGAACACACGGAAGCCGUGUGUAACGAUAACAGCAAGAAAAAUGUACACGAAUCUAAAUUUUUAAUGCAGUUGGCAAAGCACUUAGUCUUAAAUGGUUAUAAGGCGGAGAAUAUUAUUAUAUUAGCAGCUUAUUUGGGACAAAUGUUUGAAAUGCAACGUGAACGCCGAAUUCAUAGGCAUUUAUUAGAAAAUGUUAGAAUUGCUGUUUUGGAUAACUAUCAAGGAGAAGAAAGUGACAUUGUGCUACUAUCAUUGGUCAGAAGUAACAAAGAAAACAAAAUUGGAUUUUUAAGCAUAGAAAACAGAGUCUGCGUGGCUUUAUCUAGAGCCAGAAAUGGAUUUUACAUAAUGGGAAAUAUGAAACAGUUACGUGAAAAUAGUAAGAUUUGGCCUCAGGUGGAAGAAACUCUUAAGAAACAAGAGGCAAUUGGUCCUUAUUUAACGCUACGGUGUCAAGUUCAUCGGGAUCAGAUUGCGCAAGUGAAAUCUGAGGAAGAUUUUUUGAAAUUUCCAGAAGGCGGUUGUACAUUGAAAUGUGAGGCUCAAUUAAAAUGUGGCCACUUUUGUACAAAUUUAUGUCACGUUUUAGAUAGAGAUCAUGAGAAAUAUCAGUGCAGACAACCAUGUACAAGUAUUCUUUGUGAAGAUAUGACGCACAUAUGCCAAAAAAAAUGUUAUGUAACUUGUGGUCCAUGCCACUAUCCUGUUCGGCGAGAGCUUAAAUGUGGUCACGAAGCCACGAUGGAGUGUCAGCUGGAUCCUGAUAAAUACGAAUGCAAAACUUUGAUUAAUACCGAGCUUCCAUGUGGCCAUAGCGCAGAAAAACCUUGUCAUAUUGAGCCAGACAAAUUUCAAUGUCAAGUUCCAUGUGAUAUUAGAGUUGAACCAUGUGGACACGCUUGUGUUAGAAAGUGCCAUAUUAACAAAGAUCCUGAUCAUCUAGAGUAUAAAUGUAGAAAACCGUGCGAACGAGAACUGCAAGGAUGUACAAAUACUGAAGAACCUCAUAAAUGUAACAAAGCUUGCUUUGAGAAAUGCUUACUCUGUGAGAUGACAGUUCCAAAAAGGCGUACCAAAUGUUCCCAUUUGUUCAAGGUGGCAUGCUUUUUGGAUCCCGACACUAUACUUUGCGAAAAGCCUUGUAAAAAAAUCCUACCAUGUGGUCAUAAUUGUAAGAAAAAAUGUGAGCAACCUUGUGGAGAUUGUGAAGUAUUGGUAGAGAAAACUGUACCAGACUGCAAUCACGUUAUAAAAACUGAAUGUAAAAAUGAAGCUGACAGAAAAUAUUGUAGAAAUGGUGUAUGUCCCCGUAUUUUACCAUGCGGUCAUCAAUGUAAGAAAAAAUGUAAUGAACCCUGUAGAACAAGGUGUAAAGAAAUGGUUGAAUGCAACAUAACAAGCCCAUGUGGACACAUAAUUAAGAAAAUUCAAUGUUACCAAAAAGAAGGUGAUGAUCCGAAGCUAUUGCUAGCUCAAUGUUCAGAGCCCUGUAACAUUAAACUUCAGUGUAAACACACUUGCAGAGGUACAUGUGGUGGAUGUUUUCAAGGGCGUUUCCAUCAAAAAUGUGCUGAAAAAUGUGGAGUUCCUUUGGUUUGUAAUCACGAAUGCACUAUACCCUGUAGACAAGCCUGUCAACCAUGCAAAAAACCAUGUACUUACCGGUGUAGACAUAGUAAAUGUAACAAACGAUGUGGAGAACCGUGUACAAAAUGCAGAGAAGCUUGUCUUAGAAAAUGCAAACAUCAAAAAUGUAAGCGACGUUGUGGAGAUCCAUGUAAUGUGCCACCAUGUUAUGAACCAUGUCCGAAGAAAAUUAGAAGAUGUCGUCACCCAUGCAUAGGCUUUUGUGGAGAUCCUUGUCCAUCUUUAUGUAGAAUGUGUAAUGCUAAAGAAUUGACAGAAUAUUUCUUCGGAACAGAAGAUGAAGAAGAUGCCCGAUUUGUGGAGUUAGUUGAUUGCGGACAUAUCUUAGAGUCAUCUGGUAUGGAAAAGUGGCUGGAAAGUGAUGAUGACCAAAUUAAACCAAAAGUAUGUCCCAAAUGUAAAACAGUUAUAAAAUUAACGGAACGGUAUAGUGAAUAUGUAAAAGGAAACCUAUUGGAUUUGCAGAAUGUUAAAACGAAAUUUUACGGGACAGACAAGGAAAAUAUAAAAGUAAACAAAAAUUUGAAACAUGACUUAGAGCUACUUAUUCGGGAAUUCCGCCCUUUUGGUGCAGAAAUAUUCUUAACGGAUUUACGUAAAUUGUCUUUUCGUUUACAAGAUAGUUUAAAUAACCGGCGUCAGCAAAUAAGCAAACUGGGACUUUCGGCAAUUAAAGCAAAAGUGGAUAUAUUUAAACUAUUAUUAGAGCCACUAAAGAAUAACAAAGUACAAUUACAAAAUACACCGAUGUCGAUGAUUCAAUCCAAAUUUAUAUCAAACUGUCUGAUGGAACAUAUUGACUCGAUAAGUAAACAACAAUAUGACGACAUGAUUUUAGAGAUUGAUCGAUUCUACAAAUGCCUACAGUUUGAGAGCAUAAUGUAUAAACCCUAUUUAUUUAAACCAGAAGUCAAAAUUAUGGUUGAAACAGUAACACAACUUUUGGAUGGUCCCCAGCGAUUUACUAAGUCUAUAAACGAUAAUGCUAAAACACAUUUAGAAGCUUUAAAAAAGGAAACUGCUUCAAACAUUGCUGUAACUGACGCCGAAAGGAAAGACAUUGUAAAAGCGAUGGGUUUUACACAAGGCCAUUGGUAUAAAUGCCCCAAUGGACAUAUAUAUUGUAUUGCAGAUUGUGGUGGAGCAGUGGUUACGUCAGUUUGCAAUGAAUGUAAGGAACAAAUUGGAGGUUCUUCACAUAGAUUAUUAUCUACGAAUCGAGUAGCAACAGAAAUGGAUGGUGCCAGAUAUGGAGCUUGGACAGAACAAGCAAACAUGAAUAAUUAUGCUUUAGGUUAAGGUAUUGGACAUUAUUAUAAUCGCAAAGAAAUAAUAUGUUACUACGAUUGUUUAAAAUAAAAAAAAUAUUUAUUGUUACUUUAGAUUUAUGUUUAGUUUGACAAAUAAAGUAUUUUAAUUAU